AUGUGUGGCGGCAGCGGCACGAGGACCUUUGUCAUUCAGGGCGGCUUCCAAAUGGCUUCCACAUGCCCGAACUGCGGAGGCUCGGGAGAGACGGUGGAUGCCAAAGAUCAAUGCACUUCCUGCGAUGGCGUUGGCAGAGUGAGGGGCAAGCGAACAGUCGACGUCAAGAUCCCAGCUGGUGUCGACGACGGCGCCAAGGUGCGCGUAGAUGCUGCUGGAGACGUGCCUCUGCAAGGCGCAGGCAGACCCGGUGCGCUGUAUGUACGCAUCAGCGUUCGGCCCUCCAAGAUUUGGAGAAGGCAGGGUGCGAAUCUAUACUUUCCGGCUGCUCUGCCCGUCCACACUGCUAUUCUCGGAGGCAGAGUGCGCGUGCCCACACUCAACGGAGAUGUCGAGCUUCGCGUGCCGGCGGGAACGCAAGCUGGCGAAGAGAUGCUGCUGCGAGGUAGAGGGGUGCCGAAUCUCUUGCGGAGAGGAGACAAGGGCGAUCUGUUGGUUCAGUUUGAGGUCCAAGUUCCCCGGUGAGUAGGAUUGCUGCUUCAUUCCUCGAAGAUGACGCACACACCCGCAACUCACGCAUGCACACCUUGGACUGGUCGCAGAAAUCUGACCAAGCGACAGCGAGAGCUUUUGCAAGCUUAUGCUGAUGAUGUGGAGGGACGAGUGCCGAAAGCUCCUCAGGAGCCUCCUCGGACAGCUUCCGACGCUUCUGCUGCACGCGAGCAGCCUCUAGACGACAAAUCACAGACUGCCGGACUACGUAGGUAUCGAGCUUUUGCUGAUGCGGGUCAGGAGGCGGCAAGGGCAGACGAACAGGCUGCGUCGACCAAGAGUUCGCUGGCUCGUGGGAGCGAGGGUGGUACUCAUCGUGCUGCUCAGUCUCCCCAUUCCUCGCCUCAAGCUCGACCUGCGGAGAGUGCGUCGGGAAUAGGCGCGUCUCAUGGACCGCAUGUUCGAAAUCGCUCUGAAAGGAAGACAGAAGAGCAGCACGAUGAUACCGAUUCGUCUCAGGGCGGGCCGCUACGUCGAGCGUGGCGCUGGUUCACAAAGGGUUGA